AUGUCUUCAUCACACGCGGCCGAAGACAACUCUUCGGACGACUUGAUGUCCAAAUAUCAACGAUUGGCCGCCAAAUACUCAAAGAUGCGGGCGCAGAUCACGGUAUUGAAGAGCGCGUACACCGAAGAGCAGACCAAAUGCCUGGACAUGAAGGACAAUGUCGUCCAAAAGGAUCAAUCGGUUCGCCGUUUGGAACAGGAGAUGGAAAGUCUGGACUUCCGGAACCAACAGUUGGCCAAACGGGUGGCCGUACUUCAGGACGAGUUGUCGCAGCAGCAGCUGAACCACAAGAAGGCCCAAAAGGGUGGUAAACAACACCACUCGUCCCACUCGACGCCCGCCCACUACACCAUCAACGGUGACAUCGAUGGCAGACACGGGAACGAUGUGUUGGAUGUGAUAAACGGCGAACUUCAGAGUAAGAUCACUGAGAAUGAGAGGCUUCACAUCCGACUCAACACCAUUGAAGCCGAUUAUCAACAAAAGAUGGCUGACCUUCAGGAACAGCUGCGGAAGACAGAGGAGCAAAACGACGAAUACAAUAAUCAAAUGACCCGAUCAUUGGCCACAAGAAGUCAGGAAAUGGAUUCCCUGCGCAAAGACAAGGACUCGUUGGAGGAGAAGUUGAAACAGUGUCUCAAAGAGUUGGACGACACGAAGACGCGGUCGCAGACUUUUGAAAAUGAAAAUAAACUGAUUGUACAAAGACUGGAGUCGCUCGAAGAGAUUGGUUCCAGUCAUCAGGAGUUGCGCGAGAAUCUACAGCGACAGCUAUCGAUUUGCGAAUCCAAACUGUCGGCAUCGGAACAGUCGGUCGAGCACUGGAUGCUUGAGUCACAGCUAUUGCAACUCAAACUGGACAGAGAGCUCAAGAAUAGGGGUCAGACGGCGGCGGCCGCCGCGACGGCCACACAAGACGUGGAUACAGUUCAAGUGCCGUCCGUCAGUACCAGUGAUAGUAACGCUCAGUUAACUCAAACGACAGGCACUGCGGCCGCGACUAUACAGACGGCGAAGACUAGCAGUUCCACGCCGUCUACGGGCAGUCAACGGAGUAUCGAAAUGUCGUGCAACGACUUCGCCGGUUCGUCGCUACAGUCGCCCACCGUUUCGGAGGACAAACUCAGUCUCAAUAGUAACGCGACGGCCGACGAAGACGUGCCACAAGUGACCGCUUAUUUACGGAACCGUAUAUCACAGCUGAUCGACGGCUUGCACGCGGCCGACAGCAAAGCCGUCGCCUAUCAUACGGAAUGUCAAUCAUUGCAGCAAAAGCUGUCCGCAUGUAAUCGGCAGCGACUGCUCACCGCUCAGGAUAUGGACACCAAAGCCGAUGAGAUGACGCAUUUGCGCGAAGAGUUGGCCACCAAUGUGUCCAAUUAUGAGCAACAGUUGUCGCUAAUGUCCGAGCAUUUGGCGAAUAUGAACGACAAACUCAGCGCACAGACCGACGAAAUCGCAUCACUUAAACAGUUCCACUCAAACAAUACUAACAACUCUUCAGUCAAAGUAUGUCUGAAGUGA